AUGGAAGCAAAUAAUAAUAAUAAGAAUGAACAUCCAUAUUAUAUGUAUGAUAUGAUUCAAGGAACACCAACUGCUUUAAGAAGGGUCUAUACUGAAGAACUUACAAAGCUAGAGACACUCGCCACUGAAUUGUAUUCAACCAAAUACAAAUCUAUCCAUUUAGUUGGAUCUGGCUCUUCAUGGCACACUGUUCUUAACACUCAAUAUUUCUUGGAAUCGAUCGGUGGUUGUGGUAUUUCUGAUUCUGAUGCCAAGAGAGUGGUCGCUUGGAACAGUUUAGAUUUCCUUCAAAAGCAACCAAAGUUGGAUGAAUCUGCUGCAGUUAUUUUAUUCUCUCAUCUCGGUGGUAAGAAAUAUACCAAUGCUGCAAUCAGAAUUGCAAAGAAAGCCAAGUCCUAUGUUGUACUUGUAACCAGUCUCGAUAGCAUUCUCACCAGUAGUACUGUACCUGUUCAAGGUGUAGAGAAUGACACUCUCCUUAUCGAUUCGAUCGAUGUGAUCAUAGGUACCUCGCAUGCUGAUAAAUCGAUGGCAUUCACAGUUACCCAUACCUGUGCAAACUAUGUAACUUUUAUUCUCGCUGUCAAACUUGGUUUGAAGAACAAAAACGAAACAGCUAUCUUGCUCGACACUGAGAAUCUCGCUAAAGUUCCAGAAUACUUUGAGUGUGUGAUCGCCGAUGAAACACCCUACAAGAAAUGGGCUGUAUCCGUCCAAGAUUGUUCAUAUCUUCCAUUUGUAGGAUACACCGCAAACAUUGGCAACUGUUACGAAGCUGGUUUAAGGAUAAAGAGAGCAGCUCAUGUCAUUGCUGAAGGUUAUCAAUUGGAACAGUUUAUUCAUAGCAGCUUCCCGGCCAUUGAUAAAAAGACAUCGUUAACUGCCAUAAUCACACCAGAUAUCUAUGGUGUAGAAAGAUCAAUUGAAAUCCUGAAGGUAGCAAAACAUGUUGGUGCAAAAGUAUCAAUAAUUACAACCAAAGAUGAUUCAAAAGUAGAUUCUCUUGUAGGCGUUGAUAAUAUCAUCAAGUUAGUUAAUGUACCAGAAGCAAUAACAGUCUUCACCAAUCUUGGAUGUCUACAGUUGUUAACUUACCAUUUGUCAUUGGUGAGAAACACCAAUCCAGAUACCAAUCGUACUGAUCAACCCUUGUAUUGUGACGCCUAUAGAGUUUGUCGUCUCGCUAAUAAAUAA